CGCGCCUCUCCGGUUGGCGCCGGCGCAGUCGGCACCCCUCCCCGCCCUGCCCCGCAUCCCGGAAGGGCUCCUCGUUCCCACAGUCCCUUGCGCCCUCCUUUCCGGCCUGUACCGGGGCAGGCGUUGCUCAGAUGGCUCCUGCAAAGAAAGGUGGCGAGAAGAAGAAGGGACGCUCUGCCAUCAAUGAGGUGGUAACUAGGGAAUAUACCAUCAACAUUCACAAGCGGAUCCAUGGCGUGGGCUUCAAGAAACGAGCACCGCGUGCUCUCAAGGAAAUCCGUAAAUUUGCAAUGAAAGAAAUGGGUACUCCUGAUGUUCGCAUUGACACCAGAUUGAACAAAGCAGUCUGGGCUAAAGGAAUAAGGAAUGUUCCUUACCGUAUCCGUGUGCGUUUGUCCAGAAAGCGCAAUGAGGAUGAAGAUUCACCAAACAAGCUAUACACACUGGUUACCUAUGUACCAGUCACAACUUUUAAAGGUCUACAGACAGUCAAUGUGGAUGAAAAUUAAACUGAUUUUCAUUACAAUAAAAGGAUAAAAAGAAA